AUGGGGAGCGUCGAGAUAACAGAGUCGAAAUGCGAUGUGUUGAUCAUUGGUGCCGGGCCAGCAGGUCUGAUGAUGGCAGCGUGGAUGGCCAGGUGCGGCAUCGACGCUCGCAUCAUCGACAAGCGCGGCACCAAGAUCUUUGCCGGGCAGGCUGACGGACUGCAGCUACGCAGCCUGGAGAUCUUUGACAGCUUCGGGUUCGCGGAUCGCGCUUGGAAGGAGGCUAAUCACAUGCUCGAGAAUCCGGACUCUACCGGCCGAAUCCAACGCUCAGCCCGCAUUCCCGACACAUCCCCCGGCCUCUCGCGCUUUGUCCAGAUUGUCGUGCACCAGGGCCGCGUGGAGCGCUGGUUCCUCGACCACAUACGAAAACACUCGGGCGACCGGCUGCGGGUCGAGCGCGGCGUGCUGCCAGAGUCGCUGGUCAUCGACGACGACGCCUGUGCCGACCACUCGGCCGACUCGCACCCCGUGACCGUCACGCUGCGGCACCUGUCGGACCAAGAGGCCACGCCGGCGCAGCAGCAGGGCGACGGCCUGCCUGCGGAUGGCCUGUUCCGGAGCAACCUGGCCGAGGACGACACGGAAGACUUGAUAGCACGAGCGAGGGACCGCAAGUCUGGGAGGGAGGUGAUUCGCGCUAGGUAUGUGGUUGGGUGUGAUGGGGCUCACAGUUGGACGAGGAGGCAGCUGGGCUAUGAGCUGCAUGGUGAGCCGACGGACUUCAUAUGGGGCGUUCUGGACAUAAUCCCCAUCACCGACUUCCCCGACAUCCGCAUGCGCUGCGCGGUCCACAGCGCCGACGCCGGGUCGCUGAUGGUGAUACCACGCGAGAACAAGCUGGUGCGGCUGUACAUCCAGCUCAACGAGAUCAAGCCCGACGCGGCCAGCGGGCGCGCGGACCGGACCAAGAUCACGCCGGCGACCAUCCUCCGCGCGGCGCAAAACAUCCUCAAGCCCUACACGCUCACCUACGAGCACUGCGACUGGUGGACGGCGUACCAGAUCGGUCAACGGCUGGGCGGCGACUUUGACUACCGCGGCCGCGUCUUCCUGGCCGGCGACGCCGUGCACACCCACUCACCCAAGGCCGGCCAGGGGAUGAACAUCGCCAUGCAGGACGCCUACAACCUCGGGUGGAAGCUGGCGCUGGUGGCCAGGGGCGUGGCGCGGCCCGGGAUACUGAGGACGUAUCACGACGAGCGCCGCCGCGUCGCCGAGGAGCUCAUCGAGUUCGACCACAAGUUUUCCCGGCUCUUCUCGGGCCGCCCCGCCAAGGACGUCCUGGACGCCGAGGGCGUCAGCAUGGCCGAGUUCCAGGCCGUGUUUGAAAAGGGCAACCUGUUCGCGUCGGGCCUGUCGGUCGACUACGCCGACAGCGUGCUCGUCGCCAAAAAGGGUCCUCCCGCCGCCGCCGCCGGCCAGGACCUAGCCACCGGCGUGCGCCUCGGCAUGAGGUUCCCGUCGUUCCGAGUGCUGAACCAGGCCGACGGCCGGUCGUGGCACCUGCAGCAGCGGCUGAAGAGCGACGGGCGGUUCCGGCUGGUGGUGUUUGCGGGCAACGUGCACGCACCGGCGCAAAAGGUCCGACUGCAGGCCUUCUGCGACAGCCUGGCGUCGUCUGCCUUCCUCAAGCCGUACCUGUACCGCCACGUCGACGUGCUGACGUGCCACUCGGCGAAGCGGGUCGAGACGGAGCUGCUGCGCGACUUUCCUGCCGUGCUGCACCCGUUUGACGACAAAAAGGGCUGGGACUAUGACAGCAUCUACGUCGACGACCAAAACUAUCACGACCCCUACGGGGAUGCGUAUGCCAACUACGGCGUAGACAGGGAGGUUGGAUGCGUGGUGGUGUGUAGGCCUGAUCAGUAUGUUGGGUUUAUUGGGAAGCUUGAUGGCGAGGGUUGGGAGGACGCCGAGGCCUAUUUCAAAAGAUUUUUGAUGUAA